GGUCUAGUGAUUUGUGGAUGACUUUCCCCUUCUGCUGGAACUCUGUGAGCGGGUGUAACGUGCAUCCCCUGCAGUAGACAGCUGUGAUGCUGACACUAAGAUACUAACAAAUGUAUUUGGGCAUAAGCUUUUGUGGGCUACAACCUACUUCAUCAGAUGCAUGGAGUGGAAAAUACAGGAGCAGCUUUCUGUUUCCUUCCAGUGAAGCCAUGAAUGAAAGUGAAGAUGAGCCCAAAGAUUUCAUCAAACUGAACUGUGAAAAACUCUCUGCAGAUGAAGUGUCAGAGCUGGUGAUUUCUCCAUGCUGCGGGGCUGUCUCUCUGUUCAUAGGUACUACAAGGAAUAACUUUGAAGGGAAAAAAGUGAUUCACUUAGAAUAUGAAGCAUACUCAUCAAUGGCAGAAGCUGAAAUAAAGAAAAUCUGUAGAGAUGUUAGACAGAAAUGGGCUUCCAUCAAACAUAUAGCAGUGCACCAUAGACUUGGUUUAGUUCCAGUAACAGAAGCAAGUGUGAUUGUAGCAGUCUCCUCUCCACACCGAGUCGCAUCUCUUGAGGCUGUGCAAUACUGCAUCAAUACUUUGAAAGCAACUGUUCCAAUUUGGAAAAAGGAGAUUUAUGAGCAGGAAUAUUCUUGGAAAGAAAACAAGGAAUGCUUUUGGGCAGAUGUGGAAAAAUAACUCCAUCUCCAAAGUCACUAUUAAAACUAACCCCUUCACUCUACAGUGGGCAACCUGCAGCCCAUCAGGGUAAUCAGCUGGCGUGCUGUGAGACAGUGUUUACAUUGACUUUCCACAGGCAUGGCUGCCCUCAUCUCCCAGUGGCCGCGGUUUGCUCUUUCUAGCCCCUGGGAGCUGUGGCCAGCAUGUCCCUGGGGCCCGCGCCGCUUCCCGCAGCUCCCAUUGGCCGGGAACGGCAAACUACGGACAUUAGAAGCCGUGGGCAGCUGUGCCUGCGGACAGUCAAUGUAAACACUGUCUCAGCCCGCCAGUUAUAUGCAUUAUAACAAACACUUCCUUCUAAUUAAGACAGAAGGUAAUAGAUUAAGUUCCCAAAUAACUUUCAUUUUUUGUAAAAUCACCCAGCUGUGUUUAACUAGCUAGACUGUUUUUUAAAACCAUUUCCCCAAGAAUUCUUAAUUGAAAGGAGUCUAGUUUUAUAUACUAUAUGCUGCUUUAAUACCUUUAUUCUCACCUUGUGGGUUCACUGUCAGCACUGGAGAUCACAACGUGACAAUCAGCUUUGGGGUUUUUUAAUCUUAAAAAUAUCCUUUAGUUGGUUUUAUGACUGCAAAGUCAACAUACUGGCUUUGAUAUUUGACACUUAAGUUGAUUAAACAUUUUUGGUACAAGCAGAGAAAAAAAUAUAAAUUAUACCCAGAGUUACUAAUGUGACUUGCCAGUAGCUUUGUUUCAUAGAAAUAUUUUUACUGUGUAGCUGAUACUACAGGUUCAUCACAUUAAGGAAAUUUAAAGCUCUUUAUUCGAUGUGAGAUCAUACACAACUAAUUUGCAUUAGCAAUAAAACAAACUUAACUGAACCUUAAUAGAUGUAUCGAGAUGACUAGUUUUGAAGCAGCUUUUGCAGCUGUCUUAUUCUAUGGGUUAAAAAAACCCAAUAGUUGUUACAAAUUAAAACAGUGUUAAGUCUCUGACUUGAACUUACAAAUGCAAGAAUAUUUAUUAGUUAGGAAUAAAACUUCUCAACUAGUUGUUAAAAGGGCAUUGUCAUCUUGAAACAGUCAUUUUUAAGAAAAUAGUUCAGUAGAUUUAACAGGAGGAAUUAAUUAGUUAAUGGGGCUACUCACAUAAGUAAGGUUACUCACACGUACAACUUGAUAUUUGUGUAUGUAUUGUAGUAUUGUACUGUAGAGGUCUCAACUGAGAUCAGAGCCCCAGUGUGCUCAGCCCUUACAAACCUAGUGAGUGAUAGCUUCUGCCCCAGAGAAUUUAUAAUCUUAAAUAGAGCAGAGAAGGGGUGGAAAGGAAAAGAAGCACAGGGGUGGAGUGACUUGCCCAAGAUUAUACAAAAGGCCAUUACAUAACACUUAGGCCCUACUUGUUUCACUGUUUCCUCAGUAGCCCUGGCAACUGCACAAAGCAAAAACAAAGACAAUUUUCUCUCUGAUCUUUCACUCACAGUAAUCUUUGGUGUUAAUUUCAACUAGAGUAAGUUUUAAAACAAAAUCAAAACCCAAAACUUAAAACAGUGUGAUUAAACCGGGUCCUUGUACUGCUUUUUGGUGUACUUCCUACUGAUGGCAGUGGGACAUCCCUGGGAAGAAGAGAAGCCACUCUUUGCAUGUAUGCAUCUAUUAUGGGUGUCUAAUGUGUCUAUCACUUUGGUCCUUCUAUUUAGGUAAGGCAGAGUAAGUUAUGGACUGAAUUUUCCUUGUUUGGCAUGUGCGAGUGAAGAACUAUGCUUUGCUGUAUGGAUUGUUCAGUGCUAUCAGAUCCAUGAAUAAAGAUCACUUCUACAGAGAUCAGUA